AUGGAAUCUGGGAGAAGGGGAUGGAAUCUGGGAGAAGGGGAUGGAAUCUGGGAGAAGGGGAUCGAAUCAGAGAGAAGGGGAUGGAAUCAGGGAGAAGGGGAUGGAAUCUGGGAGAAGGGGAUGGAAUCUGGGAGAAGGGGAUGGAAUCUGGGAGAAGGGGAUGGAAUCUGGGAGAAGGGGAUGGAAUUUGGGAGAAGGGGAUGGAAUCUGGGAGAAGGGGAUGGAAUCUGGAAGAAGGGGAUGGAAUCUGGGAGAAGGGGAUGGAAUAUGGGGGAAGGGGAUGGAAUUGGGAGAAGGGGAUGGAAUCUGGGAGAAGGGGAUCGAAUCAGGGAGAAGGGGAUGGAAUCUGGGAGAAGGGGAUGGAAUCUGGGAGAAGGGGAUGGAAUAUGGGAGAAGGGGAUGGAAUUUGUCAGAAGGGGAUGGAAUUUGGGAGAAGGGGAUGGAAUCUCGAAGAAGGGGGUGGAAUCUGGGAGAAGGAGAUGGAAUGAGGGAGAAGGGGAUGGAAUCUGGGAGAAGGGGAUGGAAUCUGGGAGAAGGGAUGGAAUCUGGGAGAAGGGGAUGGAGGGAUGGAAUCUGGGAGAAGGGGAUGGAAUCUGGGAGAAGGGGAUAGAAUCUGGGAGAAGGGGAUGUAAUCUGGGAGAAGGGGAUGGAAACUGGGAGAAGGGGAUGGAAUCUGGGAGAAGGGGAUGGAAUCUGGGAGAAGGGGAUGGAAUCUGGGAGAAAGGGAUUGAAUCUAGGAGAAGGGGAUGGAAUAUGGGAGAAGGGGAUGGAAUCUGGGAGAAGGGGAUGGAAUCAGGGAGAAGGGGAUGGAAUCUGGGAGAAGGGGAUGGAAUCUGGGAGAAGGGGAUGGAAUAUGGGAGAAGGGGAUGGAAUCUGGGAGAAGGGGAUGGAAUCUGGGAGAAGGGGAUAGAAUCUGGGAGAAGGGGAUGUAAUCUGGGAGAAGGGGAUGGAAACUGGGAGAAGGGGAUGGAAUCUGGGAGAAGGGGAUGGAAUCUGGGAGAAGGGGAUGGAAUCUGGAAGAAGGGGAUGGAAUUUGGGAGAAGGGGAUGGAAUCUGGGAGAAGGGGAUGGAAUCUGGAAGAAGGGGGUGGAAUCUGGGAGAAGGGGAUGGAAUGAGGGAGAAGGGGAUGGAAUCGGGGAGAAGGGGAUGGAAUCAGGGAGAAGGGGAUGGAAUCUGGGAGAAGGGGAUGGAAUCUGGGAGAAGGGGAUGGAAUCUGGGAGAAGGGGAUGGAAUCUGGGAGAAGGGGAUGGAGUUUGGGAGAAGGGGAUGGAAUUUGGGAGAAGGGGAUGGAAUCUGAGAGAAGGGGAUGGAAUCUGGAAGAAGGGGGUGGCGUCUGGGAGAAGGAGAUGGAAUGAGGGAGAAAGGGAUGGUAUCUGGGACAAGGGGAUAGAAUCUGGGAGAAGGGGAUGGAGUCUGGGAGGGCGGGAUGGAACCUGGGAGAAGGGGAUAGAAUCUGGGAGAAGGGGAUGGAAUGAGGGAGGAGGGGUUGGAAUCUGGGAGGAGGGGAUGGAAUCUGGGAGAAGGGGAUGGAAUCUGGGAGAAGGGGAUGGAAUCUGGAAGAAGGGGAUGGAAUUUGGGAGAAGGGGAUGGAAUCUAGGAGAAGGGGAUGGAAUUUGGAAGAAGGGGAUGGAAUCUGGGAGAAGGGGAUGGAAUCGGGGAGAAGGGGAUGGAAUCGGGGAGAAGGGGAUGGAAUCUGGGAGAAGGGGAUGGAAUCUGGGAGAAGGGGAUGGAAUCUAUGAAAAAGGGAUGGAAUCCGAGAGAAGUGGAUGGAAUGAGGGAGAAGGGGAUAGAAUCUGGGAGAAGGGGAUGGAAUAUGGGAGAAGGGGAUAG